GGGCCGCGCCGCGCGGGGGCGGGAGCGGGGAGCUUGUCGGAGGAUGAGGAGGGCGAGCGGAGCCCCGGCUGUGGCUCGCGGCGGGGCCCGGAGCGCCGCACGGCCUCCCGGGGAGAGCUCGGCCCUCGCACCUCGCCCGGUGCGGGCCUCGGCCCUCACCUCAGCGGCGGGUCGGUACCGCCGGGCCUCCAGCCGCUCCCGCGCCUCUGGGGCAGGCUCCGGCCCUCCGAGGCAGCGUGGGGCAGCGGGCCCGUCCGUGCGCUGCUGCUGCCCGUCAGACGUGGAGGACUUUGCUGCUCGUCCCUGGCGCUGUGGGCCUGGGCUAGAGGGCUCUUGCGAGGGCUGGAGCGGUUACCGUGAGCGUUCCUGCUAACGACCGUUUGCAGUGCUCCACGUUACUAUGGGCAUCAUCAGAUUUGUGUGGUGGUAGUUGCUUGCUGACAAGAUGAAGUUUAGUGGUAUCAUCAGCUGACGUAGGGGUCACCUCUCUGAAUUUUUGUGCCUGUAUAAAAUGGGCGGGGGCGGGCCCGUUUUUGAGUAUUUCAGUUUGUGGAGAAAACUUCUUUUCCCCCGCCUCUGCAGAUUUGUGUGCUUGACAGUAGCGCAGCUGAGAUCCUGUGGUAACUAGAGAGCUCCGUUUCACACAAGUAUCCUUAGAAAUCAGCGACCAGCCUUAAACUGUUCAUCUGUUGCACAGAAUGAGCGUGUUUCCCACUCUUGGGAAACUUAGCAUUACAGCAUAAAACAUUUUAGGCUUGAUCCUGCCAAUUUUAUUGAGGCGCCUCUGAUGAAAGUACUUUUCAAGUCAGUAGACUUUACUUGUGCUCUUUUCUGUUACUGUAAUGGAUUAGAGAGUCAUUUCCUUAACAUGACUUUUACUUUUUAGUAGUGAAACAAAAUGGUUGGCAGAAUGUAAACUUUUUUAUUUAUUUUGCUUUCAGUGGAUGUGUUUUGACAGUAAUAUUAAAAUGCUAGUUGUGGCCAAGGCACUUGCUUAUGUGUUUGGGUGUGAACUUGCUAUUUAUUGAGCUAAACUAGUACUGGCAAUGGAAAUUUUUCUGAUAAUCUCUAUCGUAGACUUACAUAAAUUGUUAGGCAAGAGGAGUGCUUCAAAUACAGCUGUGAGGAGGUAGGAAAACGUUUCUUUCCAUUUAGUACAGUACAGUGUAGCCAGUAAGAUGUUUAUCACACUUCUUGCUCUGGGUAUGUAGCCACUAUGGACAGAAUCUGUACUGAAUUGUUACUAAAACUUGCCUGGACACAGCGCAUUUUUGCAGAAGUAAGACCUGCUGUGGAGUACUGGUACUGCGUCUGUGUAGUCACCUCAGCUCGUUUAGUCUGACCGCACAUGUUAGUGAUUGAAAGAUGAAGACCUUCACACCCAUUGCUAGGUCUCCAUGGAAAGUAAUAAAAAUCAAUAACCUACCAGUGCUCAAACUGUUUGGAAUCAGAGGUGCAGCUUUCCUGGAAAAGCAAAUGACUGGAUCUUAGGGGCACCCAGGUAAUGCUGGUAGCAGCAUCGCAGAGAGAUCAGUGCCCUACCAUGUAUCCAUGUGUAGCAGUGAAGCAAAUUCAUACAUAGUUAUUUCUGAUUUUAUAACAGUGAGCUCUACUGUAUGCUCUGAGGUUUAUUUCAUAUGUAGUUCAUUAUAUAAGGAAGAAAUUUUUUACAAUGAGAGUGGUGAGACAUGGGAACAGGUUGCCCAGAGGCUGUAGAUGCCCCAUCCCUGGAAACACCCAAGGUCAGGCUGGACUGGGCUCUGGGCAACCUGAUCUAGUUGAAGCUGUCCCUGCUCACAGCAGGGGGGGUUGGACUAGGUGGCCUCUAAAGGUGCCUUCCAACAUAAACCACUCUACAAUUAAAGAGGAUGGUAUUAAAAAUCUGUAUCUGGAGGUUAUUAGAUAUUUAAACUCAGGAGGACUCAGGAAUACCUUUAAAAGCUGUCAAUUCACAAUACUUUUGUAAAUUCAACUUCCUUUUUUUUCUUUUUGUGUACCAUAAGUGUGUAUAUUGCAAUGUAACACCCCUGAGACAGUUUGUAAUCAAAAUGUCAGAAAUCAGCAGUAUGAAAAAGAAGAAAAAUUGUAACUCUUUUAAUGAAAACAUAGUUAAUUUCUUCACUGUUUAACUGAGAAGGGAUUUGACUUUUGGGUAAAAUCAAAAUAAAACCAGAUUCUCUGAGAAUAAAGAAGGAAACACAGCUUGGUGGACUUUGUUACCUCCAUUUUUCAUUGGAAGGUCCUUUAAAAUAAAAUGGUGCUGUAAAUAAAAUUGAUGCUGUAGUAGAGGGAAGAGCUGUGCCAAACUUCUUUGUGCUGAGAUUUCUAGAAAUAAGAAUGGAGGUCAGCAAUGGUUUCAAUUUUAUCCUGCAACUCUUUCUCUCCAUGGAACAUGUAAAUUGGUUCAUUUGGCAUGCUGUUAAGUUCUGCCCCAGAAUUCAGAGACUCUUCUUCAAUCCUUUGGUAUUUCCUAAACUGAAAUUAGGUUUAUUACAUUUUUAAUGUCUACCUAAUGUUUGCAUGUGUGUUUAUUUUAAAAUAGAUUGGUUCAAAAUUGCUGUGCAUGUUAGAAAUCCCAUUUAAUACGUUAACUUCACUAUUAAUGAUAGUCAGAUAUAUAAAUUCACAAAAUAUAGGUAAUCCUCUAAUUCUUUAAACAGGUCUUGAAAAUUAUGUUUUCAAAUGACAGGAUGGUAAAAUGGAUUGAAUUUCUGAUUCAAAGCAGAACUGAUACUACCAAAACCGUUGCAGAAGUAGAGGCAUUGCAGCUGGUGCCAUAUCCAUGGACUGCCGCCUAUAAACUCAGACGGUAACCGAGCCGUUUGCACAGUUGAGUUUUCACUGAUAGAAAAAGCAGAAGUGAAUGGGCACUUAACAUCCAGUUUGUUGAUGGGAAGAAAACUGGUUCAAACUGUUUAAAGGCUGGGACAACACGACAAGCUAUCAUCAGCAAAAGCAGAAAAAUAACAGCUGCUGUGAGUUUCAGAGAUCAGCCAUGGGCAUUAAGGGUUUGCAGGGAUUUGUGGCGAGAGUUUGCCCUGAUGCAUGCAGAACGGUAGAUCUGAGAGAGAUGGCAGAAAAACAUCGCAUUGAUCAUCCUGAUUUCCCACCUGUUAUUGUAGUAGAUGCCAUGAGCUGCAUUAGAUACUGGUACACACCAGAAUCCUGGGUGUGCGGUGGCCAGUGGCGGGAGUACCUUGCUGUUUUAGAGGAUUUUAUUAAAGCUUUUUUGGCAGCUGGUAUCAGGUUGGUGUUUUACUUUGACGGAGUGGUAGAAGAGAAAAAGAGAGAUGAGUGGAUCAAACGGAGGUUGCAGAAUAACAAGGACAUAGCCAGAAUAUUUCAGUUUAUCAAGACUCACAGGAAACAACCAGGGAGGGGAAUGUUCGUUGUUCCAUCAGCUUUGCCUACUUUUACACGUUUUGCCCUGAAGUCACUUGGUCAGAAAACUGUAUGCACUUUGCAAGAGGCAGACUUUGAGGUGGCUGCAUAUGGUUUGCAGCAUAACUGCAUAGGAAUUCUCGGGCAAGAUAGCGACUACCUCAUCUAUAAUACAUGCCCCUACUUUUCCAUUGAGAAGCUCUGUUUGGACAGACUGGUCACUGUUAUGUACUCUCGAGAAGAUCUUUGCUGUGCGUUGGGUCUUAGUUUGACGCAUCUCCCUCUUUUUGCUUGCUUGCUUGGCAACGAUGUCGUUCCAGAAAGCUUGUUGGAAGGCUUUUGGCAUAAAUGCUUAGUCACCAGUCCCCACAAGAAUAACAGCUACAACCGAAGAACAAACAUACUUUUAGCUGUAGCAAAUUACAUCUCAAAAAUUCCGUGCUCGUACAGCAGCCUGAAACACUUAGAAGAGAUGCUACCUUUGGGAUCAGACAAGACAUUGCUUUACAGAGGAGUGGAGUCCUAUCUUUUGCCCGGGCAGCAGUCUCCAUGGUUUCCUCCCAGUGCAACAAAUUGCCAAACGUUCUCCCCUCAACAACAAACACCCGUGUGUCAAGAUAAGGAAAUCUUUCAGUUGGCUAAAGAACAGCAUAUCCGAUCUGAAAAUUAUACAAUCUUCAAUAUCCUGAGUAAUGGCGAGAUUGAGUGCAGCAACUCUUUGGAAGAUGAAUGUGAUACGGAGAUUCCUGGACAGGCACUUAUCUACCGCCCUGCUCGUCAGCAUAUUUAUUCUGUCUUGUUGGAAUCUGGAAAAGGUGGAGCCUAUCCUUUGGUAAAAGAGUGGUUUGUCUAUUUUGGAAAUCCUCUCCAGCAGCCGGAGCUCAUACAACCUGUACAACCUUCUAUUCCAGGUGGAACACCUAAUUUGAAAACACUGUGGUUUGCCAAAGGACCUGACGUGGAAAAGCAACGGUAUAGCACAUUUCUGGCAUGCUUUGACCUUCAGGACAGGAUGGAAGAGCUCCAAGCUCUAGAAGCACCUGUUGCAGCAUUCUGCUGCUUGCUGGCCUAUCUUAUGAUGCAGGUCAGUAGCCUUUCUCUGGAGGAUUUAAAUGCAUUUGUGGCUCUCAUUCUCUGCCUCAAAGGGAAGUCAGCUGCUCAACUGGCAGGUUUGCAGCUUGCACAAGUGGACUCCAGAGGUGUACAUCUUGGUGCUGUCUUUGUUCGUGGCCUUACAACUUUGCUCAUGGCCAACAGUGCUUGUGGCUUUCCAUUCCGAAUGGAUGAUUUGAUGCCUUGGGAAGUGUUUGAUGGAAAACUUUUUCAAGAAAAGUACCAGCGGUCACACCGAGGUUGCUCUUUGGAAGAGCUUUUGGAGGGCAAAGAGUCUUUGUAUACACCCUUCCAGAAUCUGAAGUCUUUCAUUUGCAAGGCUUGCAUGGCGAAGAAAAGAACGAUACAGAGCAGACCAAGAGGGAAUGGAUUUAUCCCAGGAACGCAACAAAGAGAAUUUAAUCCCAGGUUCCAACAAACACACAGAAGUUCUUUUAUUCCGCCGUAUCAUAACCAGAUGAGGGCGUUCCCAUGGAGAAAUCCUCAACCACAAGGUAGAGAAUACGGAUUGGGACAUCCAGGCCGGAAGAGAAGAUUCCACCUUCCUCCUCAGUAAAGAACACGUGUACAGGUAGCAAACCGAGAUGAUGGGACAGUUGCCAUUGAGAUAAUUUUUGUCUAUGAGAGCCUCUUUUUAUGAACUUUACAUAGUAACUGAACCAUGUGACUACGGAUGAAAUCGCUCAACGCUGAGGCUAUUCCACUUUUUAAUCACUUGUCAUGUUAGGUCUGAGCUUCCCAUGAGACCGGAAUCACUAAAACUUAAGUUAAAGGUACCAGCUGAAGCACAGUAGCAUCCCAAUAUAGCGUCAUUGUUUUGCCUGUUUGACACUGGAAAGUCUGAAGUAUUUUGACACCAUUAUUAGAUAACCCUAACUGUAAGUUUAAUGACUUAAACUGUAAGUUUUGCAUAUUUUUGUUACAGUGGUGUAUAUUACAGGAGUUUGCUCACCAUGACUGAUGUGGCAUAUCCAUGUUGAACUGUGGCUUGUGUCUUAAUUGCGGAUUAUAUGUUUAUCUUAAGGGUUAUACCAUUGUUACUGAAACCUGUUGAAAAGCUGGAAACAUGACAUCACUGACGUAAACGUCAUCUGCCAGUGAAACAAAAUGGCCUUCCUGUAAAAUGCAGCACUUUCUUACAAGAGCCAAAAAUUGCCAUUACUUUUAGCACAUGUAGUUAAGCAACUUUUUCUAUCUCAGCUGACGGUGUGGAGUGAGCCUUAUCGCUGCUGAGGAGAGGAGGAUUCAGUCAUGCUUUACUUGUGUAAUAAAUAAUAUGUAUGAGAACUAGGUAAUUUUCCUGUCCAGAACUCCAAUUUAAACAAUCUUCAGAAUUAUUUCUUAAAAUUUGGUAUAUUUUACUUCUUGAUUCCAUUCCAGUCAUGUAUGUAUUUCUUUAAUUAUAAGAUCAAUGAAUUGUAAAUAGAGUUAAUAUAAAUAAUACUGAAGAAAUGUAAAAUAACAGAGCACAUCAAUUUUUAACAGCACCGUAGGAUCAUAUCCUGGUAAAGUCACAAAAAACAUAUUACAUGUGUUUUUAAGAAACUCUUUUAGAGAUUACAACAACUUUCUUACGUCUUCCAUUUGUUUUUAACUGAAUGGGUAUGCAAUCAGAGGUGCUUUACUUGGUUACUGUCUUCAGGCAAACAAAUAUUAGGCCAUUAUGUAGCAAUCCCAUUUUAAAUCAUGAAGUGUAAAAGUUGUACCAGAGGAGAAAAGUGUCAACAGCACUUAUGUCGCAGAGCAAAUGGGUGGCACACUCAGAACCGUGUUUAUCUCUUUACGGAUCUGCAUCUCAACCUAAUUGAAAAUUGUCUCCGUCUAUGUAAUCUCCAACGAUUCCCUGCUUUUCUUAGGUUUCUAGCAAUUUCUGAAUAGGUUUGGCUCAAACGGAUGUUUAUGGAAUGGAGCGGUUUUCAUCUGUUUAUGUGCUUUGAAAUCACAGGAUUUUUGGUUUUGUACUUCAGCAUUUUCACUACAUGAAGUUAAAUAAUUCCUCCUGUAUGAGAAGAAGAGAAAUUAUAUGAUGAAAGGAAGAUGAAAGCCUCAUGUCCUGUUGCUACUCUUAAAAAAAUAGAGUGAGCAGGAGAAAAAAAGGAUAUACAAAGAUAGAGGCAAAAUGUUAAGAGUGAGUUUUGAAACCUGAUACAGUUUGCAGAUUUUCGUAAGAGCGUGUUUAGCUCUUGAGGACGAUGACUAUUCCAAACAGUGAAGUCAGUGGUGUUGCACAUGGACAAAACUCUCUAUUUACACAGAGAGCUGUGGCUUGGAUGUUUAUCAUGUUGGAAAAUCCACUCUUUUGGAUUAUUUUUCUUUUUUGUUUUGAAUAAUAUUGAUUAGUGUCUCGUUAGUGUAGUUCUCAGCCUUAGGCUUCUUAUUGUAUUACUGCCAGGAUUAUUUAUUUUUAUAAGCAUUUGAAAAUUAAAUUUGUAUCUGAAAACUAUCUCAUGACCCACACUAACAGAGAGUAGCAGACACUAGAAAACUUAAUGCUUGCAGAACUUAAGGUUCAAAACAUAAGUGCUGAUCUGGGUAAUUACUAUACAGAUCACUUAACCCAGAACGCAUCAUUACAGUAGUUUAAUCACCUGCAUAACACAGAUCACGAAAUCUUACCCAGCAACAGGCCAUAACUUCUAAAAUUGUUUCGGUCUUGAUGUUCGUGUGUCCUGUUUGGUUCCUCACAACUGUUUGUCUUUUAGAUCACCCAGGUGACCCUACUCAUUUCUGGAAGUGGAUGAAAAUGCAUGAGAGAACAAGAAAUGUUUUUAUGAAAUGCUAUGUGCUGAAGAUCAUAAAAACUUCGGUAUUUCAAAAGUGGUGGUGGGAAGGCUUUAAUUGGAAAUUUAUCAUGCCUCAUUUUCAGUUCCAUUUUAUUUUGUAUACUUUUUCCUAGCCUAUAGCUUAGAGAAGUAAAUUAUGGAGUGUCGUGAAGCAAUUGUUGCAUAAUUUAGGUUCCAGAUAGUAUUGUUCAGAGCAGUUUACAAAAACCUUCUUGGCACAGUUAUGAAAGAUGAUGAUUGAAAAAAUUAUGUCUCAAAAGUAGAGGCCAGUCCUAGGUGUUGAAGAAGGCUAGAAAAAUUUAAUGAAUUCAUCUAGUUCUGUCAUGAAAACCGUUAUCUCUUCUGUUAAACCUUUAUGCUAUAUGAUGCUGAAAGUGCCCAGUCUUGGAAAAAAAGGGGACCUCUAAGGCAUUUACAAUCAUACCACGCUUCAAAAAUUUUACUUUUCUGCCAUGUGGCUUACUUUUAUAGUUCCUCAGUCUCGGAGAAUGAGAAAGGGGUAACUAAAACAUUCCAGAAAGUUAUAACAUUAGUUUCUAUGUACAAAACUGCUACGGCUUUUAUUUUGGGGCCUUUCAGAGCUGAGUCAAACAUAUAGUCCUCUUCUGGAAUACCUAGAAUUCUCCUCCGUGUGUAGUGAGUCAUUUAUGGAGCAUUUAAGGUUUAUGCCAAACCUUACAUCUGUCUUUAGCCUCUAAGUAAAGGUGUCCAUGUGAACCUUCGGCCAGUAUCAUUUCAGAGAAAAUUCUAAAUCAAGGGGAAACUACCAGACAUUUUGAGUGCAAGCAGUAGUUUGAAGCCCGCAGAGUAAGUUUUUGUUUCCUGUUGGCAUCAUCGAUGCUUCUUUUGCAGAUAUUAGCGGCACCGUGAUUUCACUCCAUACUGAUAAGGUAGUCCCAAGAGAUCUAAGUAAAUGUCAGAGUACAGGUAGGGCAGUCGGGUAUCUCCUGUCUUAAUUUCCACUGGUCUAUUAUUCAUCACACAGACUUUUUAAUUCUUUGGAGAUAUGUGUAUUUUUAGAAUAGUACAUAUGUACACUUGAAAUUAAAUGUCUUUUAGAAGCGUUUAGCAUGAGGAAAAAGCAUUAUUUUCAUAUUCCAAAGAAAAAUUUUGCCUCUAAUUUUGAAAUCUAUUUCCAGAAUAAGUACUAUAGCUAUUGCACAAGUUGCACUUAUCUUUAUGGUACAGUGAUGACUGAUUUAAACUCUCUUGAUUUGUUAUUUGCUCAGCUAAUGUUGUUUCUUAGGCCUUGUGCAGGUAACUCCUUUGAGUCAACUGUCAGUGGAAAUUAGUUCCUAUUUAGUAUACAUAUUACAUCAAAAUGUAUAGUAUUGUCAGACAUCUGUAACUCAAUACUAUAAUUUCCUCGCAUGUAUUUUUCUGUUUGUAACCCAAUAAAUAUAUCCUUUCGUACUCUGCAUAUAGCAACAGUCCAGCUAAACAAUAAAUUGGCAGCAAUACAGCAUUUCUAGUUUUAUUAAAAGUUUGGACAGACACAAUUUUUACACAACGCAAUGUCUGAUUUGCGUUCCAGGGAUCCUGUCAUGAUAGGGGCAUUCCUGCUUCCUUUUUCUGUUGAUUUGUCACUGGUUGUAAUUGUACUAUCACUUUUUUCCUUUUCUUCCUCCCCCCCCCCCCCCCCCCCAGCCUUUUGGAAUAAUGUGUUCUGAGUUUUAUGGAAAGUUCUCUAGUUUCAGGAAUCUCAUGAUGUACAGUAGUGUAUUUGAAAAGAAUGUAACUGUGUGCCAGAAAUUUUUUUGGUAUUUCCCCCUUCAGGCUUUGAUAUGAGAAAAGAUUUCUGUUGGCUUCAAUAAACAAAGUUAAAUGCA